AUGAAGCUGACCGACAGCGUGCUGCGCAGCUUUCGCGUCGCCAAGGUGUUCUGCGAAAACUCGGACAAGAUUAACUGCCUCGAUUUCAGCCCCAACGGCCAUUCGAUCGUCUCGAGCAGCGACGACGACUCCAUCGUGCUCUACGACUGCCAGGAGGGCAAACCCCAGAGAACCCUGUACAGUAAGAAGUACGGCGUGGACCUCAUCAGAUACGCCCGCGAGGCCCACACGGUGGUCUACAGCUCCAACAAGAGGGACGACACCAUUCGGUACCUGUCCCUGCACGACAACAAGUACAUCCGAUACUUCCCCGGACACAACAAAAAGGUGGUGGCCUUGACGGUGUCACCCGUGGACGACAUCUUCAUUUCGGGGUCUCUCGAUAAGACCAUCCGCCUGUGGGAUCUCCGCGCCCCCAACUGCCAGGGCCUCGUGCACCUCCAGGGGAAGCCGGUGUGCUCUUUUGAUCCGGACGGCCUGGUUUUGGCUGCGGGGGUCAACUCGGACAUGGUCAAGCUCUACGACCUCCGCUCUUUUGACAAGGGGCCGUUCACCACCUUUAAGAUGCAGUAUGACAAAACCUGCGACUGGACGGGGAUUAAAUUCAGCAACGAUGGCAAGCUCAUCCUCAUUUCCACCAACGGCAGCUUCAUGUGUCUCCUCGACGCUUUCAAAGGGAUGGUGCUGCACACGUUUGGGGGCUACGCCAACAGCAAAGCGGUCACGCUGGAGGCUUCGUUCACUCCCGACUCUCAGUUUGUUAUGACUGGGUCGGAGGAUGGCAAGAUCCACGCGUGGGACGGAGUGAGUGGCGUGAAAGUCGCUGUGCUGGAUGGUAAACACAUAGGCCCGAUCACCUGUCUGCAGUUCAACCCCAAGUUCAUGACUUUUGCCAGCGCCUGUUCCAACAUGGUCUUCUGGUUGCCCACCAUUGAUGACUCGCCCUGA